CACUGACUGGCACUGAUAGGCGGCACUGACUGGCAGCACUGAUAGGCGGCACUGACUUGCAUUGAUAGGUGGCACUGACUGGCACUGAUGGGUGACACUGAAAGGCAGUUCAGAUGGGCACUGAUAUGUGGCAUUGAUGUGGCACUGAUGGGCACUGGCAGGUGGCAUGGAUAAGCACUGAGAGCUGGCACUGAUGGACACUGACAGGUGGCGCUGCUGGGGCUACACAGAUAAUCAGGGCACACUGAUCAUCAGCGCUCUGAUGAUCUGUAUACACGUCCCCUCCGAGGAAUGCUGGAGCUGUCAGCGUGACAACUCGUGGGGAGAGAAAUGCCGAUAACCGGCAUUUCCCUGUUUAUUGGUG